AUGGGACCAUGUGAUGAUGAUAAUGAGAGCAAUGAGCUUGUUGACGAUCCUUCUGAAGAUGAUGUGGAUGUGGAUGUGGAUGAGGAUGCCCUAGCAAAUGACAUGACCCUAGAUGAGUACAUGGAGGACAAAUCUUGGAGGACCUGGGCUUGUGAUACCACUUACACUGAAGAAGGGGAAAAUGUGGAGUAUAGAACGGAGACUUCAAACCAAACCGUCCUUACCUUGAAGUGUAAGCGGGGUUGUUCAUGGAGACUUAGGGCUAGGCUUGAUGCAUAUUCAUCUUCAUGGCAUAUUGUUACAUAUAAGCAUGGGUCUUGUGUUUUGGGUAGUGACACUGUCUCGGCUGGACACAUUCACUUGACAUCUUUUGUUAUUAACAAUGUGAUUAGAAACUGUGUUGCCAAAGACCCAUCAAUUAAGCAACAAGCUUUGUUGUCCAUAUAUGGAACUUGGGAAGGUUCUUACUCUCUCCUUCUACGCUUUUUAAAAGCUUUGCAACAUUCUAAUGCAGGCCUAGUAGUUGAGUGGUUUUUUAAGGUAGAUAAUGAUGCGGGUGUAUAUGUGCGACCUAAUAUUAGAACCUUCCAACGUGUCUUUUGGGCUUUUAAACCUUGCAUUGAGGGCUUCAAUCAUUAUAAACCUCUUAUCGCCAUUGAUGACAUAUAUUUGUAUGGUAAGUAUCGUCAUAAGGGAAUCUUUCCAUUAGCGUUUGCCUCGGUUGAGAAGAAGUGUAUAGGUGCAUGGUCAUGGUUCAUGGCUUGUAUUCGUAAGCAUGUCACACAGAGGAUGAGUUUAUGCGUUGUUUCUGAUAGACACGCGGGAAAUAUAGCAACCAUGGAAGAGCUGGGGUGGCAACCACCUUAUGCCCAUCAUAGGUUUUGGUUACGUCACUUGCUUAGCAACUUUAAACGUGUUAUGGGUAAUGUUCAACGGAAGAAGUUGUUUGGUAGAACUGCUGAGCAAAGAUAA